CUUUUCCCUUUACUUCAAAUGCCCUCAGCUGCAUAUCGCUGUUGCCUUUAAUAAUUUUCCACUUUACAUAUGUCGUUUGAGCUAACACCGUUCGAGCAGUCGCGAGUCGAAAUUGCGGCAUUCCUCGAUGUGAAGCUGGACCCAAUCAGCCAUGUUGACUUGUCUACCAUUAUUGUGGUCAGCAUAGUUUAUAUGCUGGAUCUUUUUGCGUUUAUUUACCUGUUCCUCAACCGCAAUUAUCCUCCGAUAAAAGCUAAAAGCGUGUAUAUUAUGAUCAGCUUGUAUGCAGCAGCCGUAUUGUGGUUCGUUGGCGAUAUCGUAACAAGCGGUCUAGUCCACCUAUAUACCAGCAAUGUUCUGAUGGCUUGUAAGAUGUACUUUAUCUGGUUUAGAGCAUCCUUCGGUACGACGUACAUUGCCACCAUAUUCAGUGUCCGCACUUAUGCAUUACACCGUGUGUUUUGCCAAGACAAGCCGUUUAAAGGGAAGCUCGUAUGGGUUUGCCCCGCAUUGGCUGUGGGCUGGGUUUUGCUCCUCGCUGUGGUUUCCAGCCUAUUGCCCGAGAGAAUGACAACGUACUAUGAGGACACACUGGAUCUGUGCUAUGCGAACACGAGGUAUGCCGCCUUUGUUAUUGGGAUGAUAUGCUGCUUCUAUUCAUAUAUUGUCCUGAUCACUUGGCGACUUCGCAAGAUACCAUUCUCGUUCAACGAGUUCAGAGAGGUCGUUACUGCCUUGGUCAUCAUCGGCGUGAUCAUUAUUGUCAAUUCGUUGGCUAUAUUCUCCGUCAGGAUAUACCCGGCCAGUGCAGCAUGGCGAAACUCGCUUGUUUACAUCGACCACACAUGCGCAAACAUCGCGUUCUGGACAAUUAUGUGGGAACCAUUCUAUCAGUGUAUCAUGCAUCGCGAGGAGUAUUUGCAGUAUUGGGUCGACACGUUGAUGGAGGAUGGCAUGGAGGAUGCAUACAAUCUUACGAACCGUUUCCCGAACGAGACAAAGCGUCUUGUCGAUGGCACCGAACAAGACACAGCUGUUGAGUCAAGGAAGGAUCUACACGACUAUGGCAACGCUCCAAGCGGCAAUGUUGCUGACGGAACAUAUUGCUUACCCGCAACGCUCUCCGAGCUGUGCUUAGCUAAAAAGCUCUCGCAUGACUGAGCUUGUAGAUCUGGUCCUCAGCAUAGCCUGCUUCUACUGGCAUUUGUUUCUCUCAUUCACUAUCAAGC